AUGUGCGCCGUCACCUACGGCAAAGACGAUAUGAGCCUGCAGUUUCUGCAAGAAAGCGCAAGGCUAGGCAGACUGAUGGGCCUAUUCGAUGCUGCAUCUCAAUCCGAGUCGGCAGAGAUGUGGCUAGGAAACCACGAAGACUGGGCAAAAACGGCCUCCUAUACUGCUUGGGGAGUUUAUAACUGGGUGUCGGUGUACUCCCUCCAUUACCAUAUCUUCGAAAUUGAAACGCCGCCCCUGCUCCCCAAACCUCGAGACCUGAUAUCCCAGUCUGCGGACAGUACCACAGUACUACACGCGCAGGUGAGUAGUGGUCUCUCGCAGGAGAGAUCAUUGAAGUUUGCAGAAGAAACUUACCAUCGUCUGCUCGACUGGGCGGGCGGGCUUCCUCUUCAGCUGGCAAGGGCAGAAGAGAGUGGCCAUAACGUUAUGAUGAUGCACAUCUAUUUCCACGCUGUCGUAACCGACCUCUUCCGCCCCUUUCUCGACUCUCCCUCGCGCAAUGAGCGUCUGCUGUCCUUUUCAACGAAAUUCGCGACCCCAGAAGCAGUUUACGCGGCAUCCGUCACACAACUCAAACGUCUUCUCCUUCUGUAUCGGUUACGAUACAAGAGCGCCGGCCUCUCGGUACUGUGGCAAACGGCUGUCGUGUACGUUGCCAACGCGAUGAUCCGCGAGGCCGGCACUUCGGUGCGGGCACCCGAUGUACCGCCGAGCGAGGAGUGGCGGUUCUACCUGGAUCUCUGCCUGGCCGGGCUUGAGGACCUGUACGUAUCCUUCCCCGUGUUCGGGUCCAUCGCUCAGGGCAUGGUAGGGAUGGCGUUGCGACAUGCGGCAAUACGGACGGGGAAAGCGGCGCGGGUGCUGAAGCAACUCGGGGCGAUUGAGAAGCAGCACGCCGCAAAUCAGGGCAUGACGGACAAGACGGAGGCCCGGUGGAUCAUCGACUUUGAUCUCGCCAUGACGGACCCCGAGGCGGCACAGGGACGGAAUUUAGCAGAGCGGCUCGAGGGGUUGAUGUUGAACGAGAUGGGUUCGGAUGAUCCUGGCUGA